AUGACGGUACAACUUCGUGAAGAGAACGAGUAUGAUUACAUCGUAGUUGGCGGUGGUACCGCCGGCCUCGUGGUCGCUUCACGCUUGAGUGAGGAUUCUGAUGUCUCCGUACUGGUAAUAGAGGCUGGUGGAGACAAGAGCAAAGACCCUUUUGUCUUGACACCAGGGCUUAUGGGGGCCUUGUACGGCAAAGAUGAAUAUGACUGGAACUUCACCUCAGUUCCACAGCCAAAUCUCAAUAACCGUACCAUUAGCCAGGCCAGAGGUAGAAUGCUUGGAGGCUGCUCUGCUCUGAACUUUUUGAUGAUGGUGUAUCCUGGCAAGGACAUCCUCGAUGCCUGGGAAACAAUGGGAAACGAAGGCUGGAACUUUGAGACCUUAGCUCCUUAUUUUCGAAAAUUUGCAAAGACCCAUAAGCCGUCUCAGCUUGCAAUCGAAACAUGUAAAAUGGACGGCCACCACGACAUCUCGGUCUCUGCUUUAGAAUCGGGUCCUAUGGCUCUCUCGUUCGGUGAGGGUUUCGGACCUAGUAACACUGCAUGGAUGGAUGCUUUUGAGCAGCUGAGCCUGAAAAUGACUGGCGACCCCAGAAACGGAUCCGCUGUCGGUGCUUUCCAACAAGCCGCGACCAUUGACCCGAUCACGAAGACGAGAGUCACAUCAGUAUCCGCAUACCUGACGGAAGAAGUCAGGAAUCGUUCAAAUUUGUCGAUACUUACAGAUACCACAGUUCACCGGGUCAUCCUGAGCAACACAGAUAAUUCCACCGGUCAAGUCGUUGCUCAAGGAGUGGAAGUCUGCUCAAGCAAUGGGCCCAAACGAAUCAUUCGCGCCAAGGAGGAGAUCGUUCUGGCCGCUGGCGCUUUGCAAACUCCGCAGAUCCUCGAGCUGUCGGGAGUAGGAGACAAGGAGAUCUUAACGAAGCAUGGAAUUCCAGUGUUCGUCGACAAUGCACAUGUUGGAUCCAAUUUGCAGGAUCAUCCCAUCGUCUGUGAGAGCUUUGAGGUCACAGAUGGUGUUAUGUCAGGAGACGUGCUCCGCGACCCUGAUCUACUCAAAGCGAUCGUGUCUCAGUACCAAAGCAGCCAAGAUGGGCCACUGGGGCAGAGCAUCAUCAGUUCUGCAUUCGUGCCAAUGGCUGAUUCAUCCGGCGUUCUUUCAUUGGAGGCUCGCAGCAAGUUCUUCGAAACGAUGACAGAAACUCUCACAGACGAAGGGUCAGGUCGCUGUUCUAAAGCGGACCGACAGGUAAUCAGAAAUGUUCUGGAGACGACCAAUGAGCCAACGUAUCAACUGAUGCUGUUCCCUACGCAACUGAUCAUUCCAGAGACACCCAGAAGCGUUUCGGACUACAUCACACCAACUGAGCCCGAAAACUAUAUCACCGUUAUGUUGUUUCUCAACCACCCAUUUUCGCGAGGCACGUGUCACAUUUCGUCUCCCAAUGUGAAAGACAAGCCUGUCUGGAACCCGCAAUACAACUCCGAGAACAUCGACAUGGAGCUCCUUGCGAGAGGAGUUCAAUUCGUUGAAAAGUUGGUCGGUACCGAACCAUUUUCGAACAUCCUGAAACCGAACGGGAAGCGACUCCAGAGCUAUGCAACAGAUCUGGAGGCGGCGAAAGAAGUUGUAAGGAGUCGCCAAAUUUCCGUAUUCCAUCUAAGUGGCAGUGCUUCCAUGCGUCCUCAGGAGGCCGGCGGCGUAGUCGAUACGCGACUUAGGGUUUAUGGUGUUAGGAAUUUGCGCGUUGUGGACGCGAGUGUUUUUCCGCUUGAACCUUCAGGAAACAUUCAGUCAACGGUCUAUGCUGUAGCUGAAAGAGCGGCCGACAUCCUGAAGGAGGACAGACUGAGAGCAAAGUAG